GGCUUCUCACCAGACUUGACCGACGCCUCUUUCCCCUUUUCCACCUUUCCUCGUCUGCAACUUUCGGAACAAUGUUGGGCGCACGCGCUCGUAUGAUGAUGGCCAAGGGCGCCAAGCCCCUGCGGACGCCGCAGCAGAUGCAGCAGACCCGAGGGAUGGCUGGCGGCGAGGAUGACGGCGUGCACCGCGUCAACUGGUGGGACGCGCCCGCGAACCCCGACAUCUGGAAGAAGCACCAGCUGGCGUGGUGGACCGUGGCUGCCUACACCGGUGUCUACAUGCUGGUGGCUGGCGGCAAGAAGGAGUAAGGCUGCAGUUCUUAUGCAGUGCGCUGGGCCGUGAGCAGCAGCGCUAGGGCACCUGCAGUAUAAACACUGUCGAGGACGGGACAGCUGCAGCGCAGGCGGGCUGACGUGGGGGCGACCCGUUGCCACACAGUUACGACAGCUGCGCAGCAGUAAGGAGGAUGGCCGACUCGUGGGGCAUUCGUCGUUCUGCCCUCAGCGCAGGGACCAUACUAGCUCGGAUAGUGUAGUAGCCAACGUCCUCCAGGCGCUUUGGCGGUACCAAAGGAGGCGGCGGGGGGCGUGUUCGGAUUUACAGCGGUCUCGGGCAGUCCACGUUGGGUCUGACGGGAUCGCUGUUCAACUUUAGGUCGUGUGAGCGCAAGCCCAGUGUCUCUGGGUUUUCACGGAGCAUUGGAUUGUCGAGGAGGUUACAUGCGGCAUCGUACACUGUUAUGUACGGGGCAUGCAAGCAAGGAUUGCAUUGACGGGGACCCGUAGCUCAGUAGGCCUGUGUACAGUCAUAAGGUUGGGGCAUCAUCUACGGACCUCUGGUGUAGUCCGAUGUGGUGAGUGCUGUGCAAGGUCUCAUGUAACGGAUCAACGGUUC